AUGAUGCAUCAUGAAGAAGAGAAACCCUCAAAGGGCAAAGAGGUAUCAGAAUUGAUUCUAAAGAUGCUAUCAGCUAAAUUAGAAUCUCAGAAUAAAUUGGAAAGUAGCUAGCUGGUAGACUAUCACCAUGGAAAUGCAAAACUGGAAAGGCAACUACUGAUGCAGAACCAGAUGAGAGAGAGACAAACAGCCAUGCAGAUUGCUUGGACACGGGAAUUUCUCAAAUAUUUUGGGACAUUUUUUGGACUUGCUGCUGUAGGUUUAACAGCUGGAGCAAUAAAAAAGAAGAACCCAGGAGUUCUACUGGCCAUAGUUCCCUUAAGCUUUAUUUUUGCCUAUCAGUAUGAUAUGGGCUAUGGGACGGUCUUGCAGAGGGUGAAAGGUGAAGCAGAGAACAUACUGGACACACAGAGCACUUUGCUAGAAUUGCCGAAAGGACCGCUCACUUACGAAGACUUGGAGAAACUCAGAAGAUCUCAGAGCAAGUUCUUCAUAGAAAAAAUAGGAAAAUGGCAUUUAAACUUGAGAUCUGAAAUGUGA